GGCCCCAUAGCGGCCCCCCCCGCCCCAUAGCGGCCCCCCCUGACCCACAGCCCCCCCCCAGCUCAUGGAUGCCUCCAAACGUGGCCGCCGGGCCCCGCCCCCUCUCCGCCCACGUGCUCCCGAGGCCCCGCCCCCACCUGCCCACGUGCUCCCGAGGCCCCGCCCCACAUCCACGAGGCCACACCCCCUACGUGCCCAGCGGCUCCCGAGGCUCCGCCCCAAACCUGUCACUCACAGAGCAGCCCUGCCCAUGGGCUCCCGAGGCCCCGCCCCUGGCCCCGCCCCCAGCCUGCUGCCACGCUCUGCCCCGCCCCACGGGGGAGGAGCCUGGCCCCGCGGCCCCGCCCCCUCCCUUCGCCCCGCCCCCUGCUCGUGGGGGUAGCGGGGGGGCAGCCCCCCCCCGGCCUUAUCGCGGCGCCCGGCCGCGGCGUCGCCCAGUGCUGGUUGUUCGUCCUCAGUGCAGGGCAACAGCACCAUGGCCGCCCUGCUCCGCUGCCCCGCGCUGCGCCGCGACCCCCGGCUGCUGCUGGCGCUGGCCCGCGGCAUGGCCGCCGCCCCCCCCCGCGCCCACCCAGAUGAGCCGGCGGCCCAGUGCCCCUUCAUGGAGCUGGGGGGGGGCAGCGCCUUCGUGCAGCGUGCCCCCCCCGAGGUGCAGGAGGACGUCGGCCCCCGCGAGCCAGCCCCCCCGGACGCGCUGCUGCUGUCGCUGCUGGAGCCCGAGGAGGGGCCGGAGCCCGAGGACGAGCGGCGGCUGCAGGACAACCUGCCCGAGGACGCCUUCCCCUACGAGGCGGCGCUGGGGGCCCGGCUGGCGGGGCUGCGCCGCUCGCACACCUACCGCGUCUUCACCGCCCUGGCCCGCCGCGCCGCCGCCCCCCCCCUGGCCGCCGCCGGCCCCCGCCGCCGCCCCGUGCAGGUCUGGUGCUCCAACGACUACCUGGGCAUGAGCCGGCACCCCGCCGUGCUGCGCGCCGCCAGGGCGGCGCUGGGGGCUCACGGCCUGGGCGCGGGGGGCACCCGCAACAUCGCCGGGACGUCGCCGCUGCACGGGGCGCUGGAGACGGCGCUGGCCCGGCUGCACCGACAGCCCCGCGCCCUGCUCUUCUCCUCCUGCUUCGCCGCCAACGACACGGCGCUGGCCACCCUGGUCCGCCUGCUGCCCGGCUGCGAGGUGUUCUCGGACGCGGGGAACCACGCGUCCAUGAUCCAGGGCAUCCGGGCGGGCGGGGGGCCCAAGCACGUCUUCCGCCACAACGACCCCCAGCACCUGGCCCAGCUGCUGGCCCGCGCCCGCCCCGGGCUGCCCCGCAUCGUCGCCUUCGAGUCCCUCCACUCCAUGGACGGCUCCAUCGCGCCGCUGGAGCAGCUCUGCGACGUGGCGCACGCCCACGGGGCACUCACCUUCGUGGACGAGGUCCACGCCGUGGGGCUCUAUGGGGCGCGCGGGGCCGGCAUCGCCGAGCGCGACGGCGUCGCCCACAAGGUCGACAUCGUCUCCGGCACCCUCGGGAAGGCGGUGGGCGCCGUGGGGGGCUACAUCGCGGGGCCGGCGGCGCUGGUGGACGCGGUGCGCUCGCUGGGGCCCGGCUUCAUCUUCACCACGGCGCUGCCGCCGGCCGUGGCCGCGGGGGCCCUGGCGGCGCUGCGGGUGCUGGGGGGCGCCGAGGGGGGGGCGCUGCGCCGGGCCCACCAGCGCCACGCCAAGCACCUGCGGCUGCUGCUGCGCGACCGCGGGCUGCCGGCCCUGCCCUGCCCCAGCCACAUCGUCCCCCUGCGGGUGGGCGACGCGGCGCUGAACAGCCGCCUGAGCCGGGCGCUGCUGGAGGAGCACGGCCUCUACGCGCAGGCCAUCAACUACCCCACGGUGCCGCGGGGGCAGGAGCUGCUGCGCCUGGCGCCCACCCCCCACCACACCCCCGCCAUGAUGGAGAACCUCGUGGCGCGGCUCUCCGAGUGCUGGGGGGAGCUGGGGCUGCCCCGCGAGGCCCCCCCGGGCCCGGCCUGCGCCUCCUGCCAGCGCCCGCUGCACCUGGCCCUCAUGAGCGACUGGGAGCAGGAGCUCUUCGCCGGCCUGGGGCCGCUCUACGUCACCGCCCGGGCCUGAGCCCCCCGGACGCCGGGGCCCCCCGGACGCCAGGGCCCCCCGGACGCCGGGGCCCCGCUGCCGACGCCGCCCCCGCGCGCCACAGCCCCCCCGGACGCCAGGGCCCCCCGGACGCCGGGGCCCCGCUGCCGACGCCGCCCCCGGAUGCUGGGCACCCCCCACCGCUGCCCCCCUCCCUCCCCCGGACGCCAGGGCCCUCCCGGACGCCUGGGCCCCUCCAUGCAAUAAAGCUCUCUGGCACCA